UGGCUAAGAAAUCGAACAUCGUCAUCCAAGGUUGAUGGCGGCGGAAAUGAGUGGAAGUGUAGGGUAUUCCUACUUUCAAACUGCUGGGGAUGGCAACAUCCGCGACGUUGUCUCUGUUCUGAUAUACCAUCAAGAAGGGGGGAAGGAGCUGGAGGUGUUGGUAUGUGAGAACCAGGGAGUGUUGUGCCUGCCCAGGAAGGAAGUAACAUUUGAAGAUGCCUGGCAGCCCCAGGAUUUAUUGACGACUCCAGCCUCCCCCAGAGGUGAUAAUGCUGACCAGACUGACAUGACCACAGCCUCACAGACUCCUAUAUGGCCAAGGGAUGUAGACAUCUGCCGCAUUGCUCGCAGUGUUGCAAUAAAAAUUACUAAAGGAGGCGCAUCCCACUUUUCUGCUCCCCAGCUUGUGUUACUUACACAAGUAUAUGUACCAUCAUUGCGCAGACACUACCACCACUAUGUUUUUGCUUUGAGCAUUGCCAAAUGCCAUUGGGAACAGGUGGAAAACAGAAAUGGUCGACGAAAACUCUCACUAGCAGAAAUGAGAAGUGUUCCUCGAAUGGAUUUAGAAAGACAAGAUAUACUCUUAGUUACAGAACAUGUAAAUAAGCAAAUUACUGGUAAGUGCAGCACUUUCUUUUAAACUAGGCCAAUUUAG